ACGCCAUGAGUGACUUUGUCGUGGAUGCAGUCGCGCAGUUCAUCGAGGGCGACGCGUGGCGUCUCCCGCUGGAGCGCUUCCUAGCGGCCCACAAGGCGGCAUUUCUCGGCCGUGCGCGCGCCGACGAGCACACAUUGGGCCAGCACGCGGUGUUUUCCGAGUUUACCGAGGUGGCCGAGCGCCUUCUCGAGGCGAUGGUGCUGGACCUCGGCUGCGACCCGUCGACGCUCCUCGAUGCGCUUGAAGACGCGAGCAAAGGGGUUCGCGCGCAGAGCACGCGCGUCCUCGUGCAGACGCUCUUGUCGUACAACGACUUUGGCGCGUUCUGCGAUCGGAUGUUUGCUUACGUCCGAGCCUCGGCCGAGACCGCGACGCGUCACGCGAUCGCACAGCUGGCGUCGUCCGAGUGGGUUCUCCAAGAUGUGCUUGCUCGGUCGCUGCUGGAAGCCUCGGACGACGACUCGCUACCUGCCGAAGACGCGCCCUAUGUCCCGUGGGCCCGCGUCAUACUCGAAAUGACGGCGACGUACCGACGCUUGGCCGCCACCAUCGAUGGCGCAGAGGCCGAGGAGCUGCGCGCGCGCAUCACGGAGCUGCAAGCCACGCUCACAAAAGAGCGUCUUCGCGUCGACCUGAUCGUCGCCCAGCGUUUGGCCGACGAGAACGCGCAGAUGCGCUGCCGAAUGCGGCAGCUGUGUGGAACGAGCAUGGACGCCGACGCCAAGCAAGAGGCGACCAUCGGCGACGUCUGCGACCGCCUCGACGCGAUUCCGAUCGAGCUGCGAGAGAUCAAGCAGCGCUGCUUUGCAGCGACGAAUGUGCGCCCCGCGCACUUGGACGAGCUCUACCUCUUUUUAAAGGACAAGGUGCACCACAAGCAGGAUUUGGCCCAGUGCGAAGACGAGAUCGCGUCGUUCGUCUUCGCGCGCUUGACGCCGACGGACGCGCCGAUCGUGCGAGACAUUUUGCAAUGGCUCUUGCUUGAAUCCGAAGCCAUCGAGUUGGGCAAGGAGCUUCAAGCGCUCAGCUUUGCCAGUCCCCGCGCCGACGCCAAGGAUGAGGACGCGGCCGACCGCUGGGUGCAGACAUGGAGCGACCACGAUAUGGCGUACUACUACGUCAACAGCGUCCUUGGGACGUCGCAGUGGGAGCCACCGCAAGCCAAAGACGGAAGCCCGAUCCUGGGGUUCUACGACGAGGCCAACAAUUGGCAGCCGUACGCCUUUGGUUCUGCGAAUGUGCAUGCGACGCCGAGCGAGAUGGCCCCCGACGCCAAGGCUUUGAUGCGCCAGGACGACGACGACGACGCUGCCGCUACGACGCUCUGUAGCGACGCCUUGACAGGCGACGUCGACAGGCCGGUCGCACUCGCGUCAACGGACACCGACCACGCGAAUCGCACCCACGCUGUCGACGACCGUCUUGCCUCGUCGUCGUUGCCGUCCGACGUCGCGCUGCUGGACAUGGAAGCCUCGCUGCAGCGCGUGCUGCAAGAGCACGCCGACGAGUCGCGAAAGCUCGAAUUGACGCUGCAAGUGGAACAAGCACGCCAAGCUCAAGACAUUCAGCGGCGAAAGGCGCAGCGCCGGCAAGAGCGCCAGAUGCGACGGUCGUCGAAACCCCACGAACCUACGAGUGUGCCCACCGUGCUUCCGGCGCCAGCGCAUUUGAGCGUCUGCCUCCCCGAAGGCCGCAAGGUCGACUUGAUGCAAUUGCUCAGUGAGACAGACGAGGAGCAGCGACGCUCGCGGCGCGGCCUGCCCGGCAAAAGCGGCGGGCUCAAUGUCACGAGCUUGAUGUACCUCGCCAAGAAGAUCGCGCCCAAGUCCAAGUACAUUGACAUCGAAGAGACGUACGCGUUGUAGUAGGUUCUAUAGUA